AUGUCAGUGUCUUAAUUGUUAAUUAAAAUAUACCAUCUAGUAGCAGAUCACAGUGAUAUAGAAUCCUUUUAAAACUUUGUCAAAUCGCAAAAUUUAAUUCAACAACUUACCAUAAUCAUCGAACAUAUUUAACAUAACAAAAUUAAAAAGGAUUAUAAGGAAUUAGAAAAACAAUUGUAGAAAUACGAAUCUGAAGUCAGAGUGCAUAUCAGAGAAUCUUACCUCAUGAAUUAAAAGUACGAUGAAAUGAAAAAUUAAAUCAAAUAGUUAGAGUAAGACAGAGAUGAAUUAUUGCAGAAUACAAAAAAAACUUUAAAUAAACUAAAAAAAGAGAAUGAGGAACUGUAUUAAAAAGUUAAGCUCUUGAAGGAAUAACUAAAUUAUUACAAACAAAUUGAAAUAUGUACUCAACAGUCAACCAAAAUUAGCAAUACCAAAACUAUAGAAAAAUAAAACAAACUCAAAGACAAACGAUUUCACACUAAUAUUACUCCUUAGAAAACUGUCAAUUCUUCUUUUGAUUAUUUAGUUAAUAAACGAUUAAGUUAGCAAAUUGUCCAAAGAAAGAAAAGUGUUUAAAAAUAUAUGUCUAGCAAAAGAAAAUCUUGCGCAACUGAUUUAUCUAAAAGUAUGUGA